AUGGGGGUUUCACAUGACGUGCAGCCGACUGCUGCGGACGCUACUGCGAGACAAACAGACGACAUCUCUCCCACCGACCCCUCCAGCAGCACUCUCGAGGAUGGCACGGCAGCCCCGGCUCCUGGCCGCCGCAUGCGGUUUCCCGCUGAUGGCCUUGAAGACAUGCGGGUCAUCGAGAAGACGGGGACCUACGACAACGUCGAGCUCACGGAAGAGGACUGCUUCGAGGAGCUUGGAUACCAGUUCCCUAGUUGGAAGAAGUGGUGGAUUCUUUCUGUCAUCUUCAUUGUCCAGGUGUCCAUGAACUUCAACACCAGUCUGUACUCCAACGCUCUCACUGGUAUAUCGGAGGAGUUUGGUGUCAGCAUGCAGGCCGCUCGCGUUGGCGCGGCCAUCUUCCUGAUCACCUAUGCCUUUGGUUGCGAACUCUGGGCGCCAUGGAGCGAGGAAGUGGGCCGCAAGCCCAUCCUGCAGGCCAGUUUGUUCCUGGUCAACAUCUGGCAGAUUCCCGUGGCGCUUGCGCCUAACUAUGCUACCGUUUUAGUUGGCCGUGCACUGGGUGGUCUUUCGUCUGCUGGUGGCUCGGUUACCCUGGGCAUGAUUGCCGACAUCUUCGAAACCGACAAACAGCAGUACGCCGUGGCUUAUAUCGUCUUCUCGUCCGUGGGAGGCUCUGUUCUCGGCCCCGUGGUUGGCGGGUUUGUUGAGCAAUACUGCGCCUGGCGAUGGAACAUCUGGAUUCAGCUCAUUUUCGGCGUUGUCGUCCAGGCCCUUCACCUGUUCACUGUCCCGGAGACUAGGACUACGGUCAUGAUGGACAAGAUCGCCAAGAGGCGCCGUAAGAGUGGAGAGCAGCCGAACGUUUACGGCCCCAACGAGCUCGUUCCGUACGCCGAGCGGUUCUCCGCCCGGGAGAUCCUCCUCACCUGGGUUCGGCCGUUCAAGAUGUACCUGACGGAACCCAUCGUUCUCACCCUAUCACUCCUGAGUGGAUUUAGCGAUGCCCUCAUCUUCAUGUUUAUCCAAUCUUUCGCCCUGGUCUACAAGCAAUGGGGGUUCAACACAUACGAGCUCGGUUUGUCUUUCAUUCCGAUCCUGGUGGGAUACGUCAUCGCUUGGCUCUCGUUUAUCCCCGUCAUCAAGCGCAAUAUCCGCGAGCGCAAGGAGAAGCCGGACGACGAAACGGCUCAGUACGAGUCUCGUUUAUGGUGGCUGUUGUACACUGCCCCUUGCCUGCCUAUCGGUCUCAUCAUCUUUGCUUGGACCUCGACUGGACCUCCGAUUCACUGGAUCGGCUCGGCCGUCGCGGCUGCCAUUGUCGGAAUCGCCAACUACAGCAUCUACAUGGCCACAAUUGACUACAUGAUUUGCGCCUACGGCCCUUACUCUGCUUCCGCCACGGGUGGUAAUGGGUGGUCUCGAGAUUUCCUCGCUGGUGUCCUCACCCUCCCUGCUACCCCCUUUUUCAAAAAUAUCGGCGGCAAGAAUCACCUCGCCUAUGCGUCUACCAUUCUCUUCUGCAUCUCGUUCGUCUUGGUCAUCGCCGUCUACAUCAUCUACUUUUGGGGCCCGGCACUACGCAAGCGGUCUCCCUUCGCCCAACAGCUGUCUGACGCCCGUGCCGAGGGUGUACCGGAGUCCCGCGUCAAAAACGACGUGGAAACUGGCGGUGCUACCGGAGGCGCUCUCCGGCGCAUGCCAACUAGUGCGCGCGCCAACUCGUUUGUGCGUUCGCAGCAAAACAUCAGGGUCCGCCAGGCGCUCGGCAGUCGGCAGAACAGUUACGUGGGGGCUAGGACACCGACCCAUUCUCGAUCAGGCAGCUACUCGGGCGCCAGGACUCCGGUUUCUCGCCCGGGUAGCCCUGCUGGCACUAGGACCCCUAUUUCACGGCCUGGCAGCUCGUCAGGGGCGAAGACGCCACAGGGCGAGAGCGUUUCUGUGUAA